UGUGUGUGUGUGUGUGUGUGCGUGUGUGCAGGUCUGCUGCUCUGUUCCACAAAUGGUCAGGAAAAUUAGAGCCUGCUGCAGAUAAAGAAAAGGUGUGUCAACACAAUAAUGUUUUUCAGUGCUGUGGAUCGUCACUGAAUGUUAACGGAAUGUAUUCCUUCACUUCACUAAACCUCACCUCACCUCUCCUCUCCUCUCCUCUCCUCUCCUCUCCUCAGCCAACUCUAAUCCACAAAUCCUUAUCAGGGUCACUGAGACUCGAUAACAAACUUCGUCGGCCUCAAUGCUUUUAGAUGUCUGAUAACAUUUGAACAAUAGUUUAAAUAGCAUUGACGAUCAGUACAAUUAUUCCUCUGCUAUUGUAAUCGGCUGCUUUCCAGAUACGGAAGGAUCGAAGGAAAAAUGGACUUAAUGUUACAUCAAUAAGUGUAAAAGAGCGAGCUAUGGAAUCUGCUGCUAUGUCCACUUCAACCAGCAAUCCUCACCUCACUGCCUCAGGCAGCGGUGAGCACAGUGAGCACAAGCUAAGUGCACGUCCACCAAACCCUCAUUUUCUCAAUGUGAAUAAUAGUAACAGCAACGAAGAAAAGGAGAAGGAGGGAAAGGAAAAUGAAGAGAAGCAAACAAAAGACGAAGAAAAGGAAAAGGAAAAAGAAGAGAAGGAAAAAGAAAAGGAAAAGGAAAAGGAAAAAGAAGAGAAGGAAAAAGAAAAGGAAAAGGAAAAGGAAAAAGAAAAAGAAAAAGAAAAAGAAAAAGAAAAAGAGAAGGACAAGGACAAAGACAAGCCAAAGGAAUUGUUCGUGAUUAAUCCUGCCGGGAGUUUGUACUACCACUGGCUGUUCAUCAUCACAGUACCAGUCAUGUACAACUGGCUCAUGAUCAUAGCCAGAGCCUGCUUCGAGGAGCUGCAGCAUAACUACAUCGUUUACUGGAUGUUGUUGGACUACACCUCAGACCUGUUCUACCUGGCUGAUAUGCUCGUCAGAACCAGGACAGGUUACCUCGAGCAAGGUCUAUUGGUGAAAGAUGAGAAGCUGCUGUGGGAUCGUUACAUCACCUCCUUCCAGUUUCGUCUCGAUGUUCUCUCCAUGUUGCCCACUGACAUCUUUUACUUUGUCCUCGGCCUCGACUACCCUGAGAUACGCCUCAACAAGCUCCUGAGAAUCAGCCGCAUGAUGGAGUUCUUCACGAGGACAGAGACGAAAACCAACUACCCCAACAUCUUCCGCAUCGCGAACUUGAUCCUGUACAUCCUCAUCAUCAUUCACUGGAAUGCCUGUUUCUAUUUCUCCUUCUCCAAGUCUAUUGGCUUCGGAGCUGAUGACUGGGUUUACCCAGCUCUGGAUGAUCCAGAGGAGCCAGACUUUGGCAAGCCAAUGAGAAAGUAUUCGUUCAGCCUCUACUGGUCCACACUGACCUUGACUACCAUUGGAGAAACCCCACCACCAGCCCUGGACUCAGAGUUUUUCUUCCAUGUGGGCGACUUCUUAGUUGGAGUCUUGGUCUUUGCCACAAUUGUAGGAAACAUUGCCACCAUGAUAUCGAACAUGAAUGCUGCCCAAGCCCAGUUUCAGUCCCGAAUUGACAACAUCAAGCAGUAUAUGCAGGUUCGAAAGGUCAGCAAGGAACUUGAGCUGCGAGUCAUUGAUUGGUUUGACUAUCUGUGGAAUAAUGGUAAGGCACAGGACGAAAGAGAGGUGUUAAGGUAUCUUCCAGACAAGCUAAAGGCUGAAAUUGCUAUCCAGGUCCACAUGGACACCCUGAAGAAGGUUCGUAUUUUUGCAGACUGUGAGGCAGGCCUGCUGAUCCAGUUAGUGCUCAAGCUGCGGCCUCAAGUCUUCAGCCCAGCAGACUUCAUCUGCAAGAAGGGCGACAUCGGCCGCGAGAUGUAUAUUAUCAAAGAUGGAAAACUCGCAGUUGUUGCCGACGACGGCGUCACACAGUUUGUUGUGCUGGGAAGUGGCAGCUAUUUUGGUGAGAUCAGUAUCCUUAACAUUAAAGGCAGUAAAGCAGGGAACAGGCGGACAGCCAACAUCCGCAGCGUUGGAUACUCAGAACUCUUCUGCCUGUCCAAGGAUGACCUGAUGGAGUCACUGACGGAGUAUCCGGAUGCUAAAGCCAUACUCGAAGAGAAAGGCCGGGAGAUCCUGAUGAAAGACAACCUGAUAGAGUUGGACCCUGCAAACAUCAUGCCUGAGACACAGGAACUGGAGGAGAAGGUCAACAAAUUGUACGGCACAAUGGAGCUGAUGCAGACCAAGCUAAAGAAGAUUCUGGGAAGCUACAAGAGCGCAGACAAGGCUCUGAAACACCGCAUCGCUGAUCUGGAGCAUCUGACAGGAGAGGAGGUGGAAGAGGAUGAGGACGAGGAGGAAGAGGUGAAAAAGGAAGAGAAGCCCGAUGGAGAGAAAACAGUGGAAGAGGGGGAGGGAGAUGGGCAGAAAAAGGAGGGCGAGGAGGAGAAGAAGGAAGAGGCAACAGAUGAGGAAGGAAAAUAAGAGGAAACCACAGAGGAAGAGAAAAAAUGAAGCUUGUGAAAAAGCAUACUUUUAUAUGUAGAGUCAUAUUUCCCAUAUAUAAAUAUUAUUUACUGAUCGAAAUAUUUGCUCACAUCUUGAAGUUCAUGUAUAUAUAUAAUGAAAAUGUAAUUUGUGAGUAUUGCCAAUGGCAAUAGUGUCAUUCAACUUAAAUAAAGUGGCAUUUGCUUUCCUA